AUGAAGGCAGUUCACACCAGCAACGACCAUUUUGUGAAAACCCUAAAAUGGCUGAUGAUUUUUGCCGGGUUUUGGAAAAUGCCCCUGUCAAAGAACCCAUUUUUGAACAAACUAUACAUGUUCUACUCGAAAGGCAGUAAAAUAUACAUGUUUUUGUUCAUAAUUUUGCUCGCCAUGGAACUCUUUCGUUUGAUCAAGGACCAGGAGAACUCAAAGGUGAUCAUUACGAGUUUUUGUGUUAUGGUGUCCUGUAUACUUAUAGCUGUAAAGCUAUAUAUCAUUAUUAAGAGGAAUUUGGCUGAUUUAAUACAGGAAAUAAUAAUAAAAGAAGAAGAAAUAUGGAAAUCUGAUGAUGAAGAAGUUAAAGAUAUUUUUACUAGGAAAGCUUAUUUUUGUAAUGUUUUAUGUGCUGGAUUGACUAUGGUACAGGUUGUUUGUCUUGCAUCCAUGUCAGCUAUGGCUUUUAUUGGUGACCAAGAACUAAUAGAAUACAACAGAGUCCACAACACAACUCUAGAUACCUACUACUGGUACCAAUUGUGGUUUCCUGGAGUCAAACUGGAUCAUCUUGGAUGGGUAUACACCCUGAAUGGUUGCUUUGGUUGGAUAGCCUGUUCCAACAGCAUGGUUUGCCAUUCUUUGUUGGCUACACUGAUGAUUUUUGCCUCGACAAAAAUGGAGAUCUUGUGCGCGAUAUUGAGAAAAUGCGUCAAAGGUAAAAUAGAUGUGGAUUUGGAUAGGAACAUUUUUGAAUUGAAACGAUGUGUUGUUGAACAUCAAGAUAUUAUCGAAUAUGUAACAAGAUUGAACAAAAGUAUUAGUUUGAUACUUCUGCUGCAUUUUCUUUUAAAUUCUGUCGAGAUAUCUUCUUGUGUCACAUCAUAUCUUAAGGGUUCAGUUCCCAUGCUUCAACAAAUAUUUUUAGCGUCUUAUGUUACAUUGACAGUCUAUCAAAUACUGAUGGCCUCAUGGAACGCCAAUGAAAUUCAACACCAGAGUACGAAAAUCGCUGACGCUUUUUAUGAAAUCAAUUGGCUGCUCUUGAAUAAGGAUGGUAAAACAAUUUGCUUGAUAUCAGCCCAUAGGGCUCAAAAACCUUUAUCUACUACUUUGGGCCCUUUUGGGGCUAUGACAAAUCAGUCAGGGUUAUUGGUUAUAAAAGCUGCGUAUUCUUAUGUCAGUGUAAUGAACACUGGUACACUUUAAAUCAUUUAUGAAAAGAGAGGAACACUUAACAAAAAGAAAUAAUAAUUGCACAAACUUGAGUCAUAUUCAACACAAAAUAAAAGCA